UGUGCACACCUCCUGUGUCCUGUCGGGCCGAGUGUGGACACCCGCUCCUUGGCACUGAGGCUGUGCGGCUCGGUCCCACGGGCCCAUUUCAGAGGUGGAGGAACCGGGAAAGGAAGGCCGUGGGGGCUUGAGUGUCUGCUUUCGCAACUCCUGCCAUGAACGCAGAAUGGGGGUUGCCUUCCACGAGCCCCGGCCACUUGUGGUCAGGCAGGCCCCAGCUUGGGCUCCGGCCUCUCCGAGCACUCAGCACGUGCCGGCCAGGGCCCUGGAAGGGGUGUGUUGGUCAGCAGUGCUGGGUGACAGCCCCAGGCAGGCGCCCAGGGGAGCUGGUGCUGGGGUGGUGGGGGGCGGCCAGUCCAGGAUGGCCUCAGGACACCCGCGCUCCGGCUGCUGUCACACCCUCUGGCUUGUUCUUGGCUAGAGCAGAAGGUGGGCGGGAGCAGGCAGAGGCCUCGGCUCAGAACUGGCACUCCUCCAUCAUCCUUUAUGGCAGUUUGGUCAGCAAGUGGCGCAGAAUUGCCAACACACACACACACACACCUGCCCGCCCUGGCAAUCCCUGUGCCACAGGCCAGGGGAGCCCAGCAGGCUUACUGGGGGUGGCAGCCUCUGGGGAGGGGGGCGGUGGGGCGGUGGGGAUGAGAGCUCAGCUUCAGAACCUGACCAGGGGCCCCUGGGAGCCCAUGUCCUAGGCGGCAUCGCAGCCCCAGCUGUCUGUCAGUGGAGUGGCUCUCCCAGCAGGUUUGUUGACUGACCGGAUGACCUAAGGCAGCACCUGUACUGGGCCAUGCAGAGGGGAGGGUCUCCCUUGUGGGAGCCCAGCCCAUGCUGGGAGCUGUAGGCACAGGGACCUCCCGUCUCUCCCUCCCUGGGAGCCCUCCUCCCAGCCCCUGUCAGAGCCAAGAUGUGUCGCCAUGGAAACCGCCUGGCAACGCUGGCGGGCAGAGGCAGGCGGCGGCAGCUCGGGCGAGCCGGCUCCUGCGCCCGUCGGAGUGACGUGGCAGGAGCACGCCUGGUUGUGUGUGGCACGUGCGUGGGGAGUGAGGGCUGGUGUGUGCGGGUGGGUACCAGCGUGUGGGGGGGUGCUGGGCGUGUGCAGAGAGGAGCCGACCUGACAGGAAGUGGCCGCUGCCCCCAGCGUGCAGGCCGGAGAGACUCCUGACCAGGGUACCCGGCACAGCGGCUGGCAGGAGGUUCCGGGAGAGCCCGUGGCCGUGGCCCCGAGCCGCUCAUGGGCAGCGGCAGGAGCGCCCCGGAGAGGCCAGGCCCUGCGUGCCCGCCAUGCUGCAGUGCCGGCCGGCCCAGGAGUUCAGCUUCGGCCCGCGGGCGCUGAAGGACGCGCUGCUGUCCGGGGACGCGGCGCUGCGGCAGCUGUACGCCGCCAGCUUCUCGCCGGCCGAGCGGCUCUUCCUGUCCGAGGCCUACAACCCGCGGAGGUCGCUCUUCUGCUCGCUGCUCGUCCACUCGGCCUUCGACUGGCUGCUGAGCCGCCCCGAGGCCCCCGAGGACUUCGCCGCGUUCCACGCCUCGCUGGGCCGCCGCCGGCCCAGCCCGGCUCGCAAGCACAUCUACCUGCAGCCCAUAGAUCUGAUCGAGGGGCCGGUGGGAGGCCCCCUCCUGGACACCCUGCGCAGCUGCACGGAGGCCUUCUUCCUGGGCCUGCAGGUCAAGUGCCUGCCCUCGGUGGCGGCCGCAUCCAUCCACUGCAGCUCACGCCCGGCGCGGGACUCUGAGAGCCUCCAGCUGCACACAGACGGCAUCCUGGCCUUCCUGGAGGACAUCAAGCCGGAGGACGCGCUGUGCGUGCUGGGCCUCACACUGGCCGACCUGUACCCCAACGACGCCUGGGCCUUCACCUUCGGCAAGUUCCGGCCGGGCCGCGAAGUGGCCGUCUGCAGCUUUGCCCGCUUCUCCGGGGGCUUCCUACAGGUGGGGCCCAGCGCCCCUGAGCUGGCACUGGCCAAGGCAGCGGCCAGCAGGCCGGGGAGCCCCCUGCAGGAGGGAGGCCCGGCCCCCUGCAUUGGUGCCCUGGGGCUGGCGCAGUGUUGCAAGGUCGCCUGCCAUGAACUCUGCCACCUGCUGGGCCUGGGGAACUGCCGCUGGCUGCGCUGCCUCAUGCAGGGGGCACUGCGCCUGGACGAGGCGCUGCGCCGGCCCCUGGACCUCUGCCCUAUCUGCCUGCGGAAGCUGCAGCACGUCCUGGGCUUCAAGCUCCUGGACAGGUACAAGAGACUGCACGCCUGGACCCAGGCAGUGCUGGAGAGCUGGCCCGGCCACGAGGCGGGGGAGCGGUCCCUGACGGAGGACACCCCGCCCCUCAGCGCCGACUCGGGCGUGUGCUGGGAGAGCGACUCGGAGCCGCUCAGCAGCCCCUCCGAGCCGCCCACCCCCGACACGCUGAGCCGCCCCUUCCCCGCCGGCCUGGAGCUGGACCCCAAGGCCAGGCUGGGCUCCCUGGAGGCUUCAGAGGCCGUGCCACAGCCCAGGGGCCCCGGGGAGGCCAUGGAGGCCCACGGGCGCUGGCUGGCCGCCUGCAUCCAGGCCCUGGAGAGGGACGUGGCCGAGGAGGAGCUGGCCCUGCUGGACCAGGCCGUGGACGCCCUGGAGCGCUGGGAGCUGUUCACGGGGCAGCUGCCGGCCCCCAGGCAGGACGUGCCCAGCGCUCGGGACGGCACGGGGCUGCGCCGGGCCCUGGGGGACAAGUUCUCCUCGCUGCGGCGGCGGCUGAGUGCCCGGCGGCUGUCCAAGGCCGAGUCUCCCCCCUGCGACUGGGACGGGGAGACGUAGCCGGUGGGGCCCCCUGCGGCAAGCCGCCGCCAUCUCGGGAUCCCAGCGCCGCUGCCGCCGCCCUUCCCCAGGUCUGCCCGGUGCGUUCUGGAGCGCUCGGAGCGCUGUUUUCUGUCACGUGUCCUGGGCUGGCGGUGACGUCGCUCCCAGGGAGAGGGACUGCCCCCUGGGACCGCAGAGUCCCUAUGGGGCCCCAGAGUGUGGCGGGUUAAAAUUACCAUGGCUGCGUCCCCUGCACGCCGGGCGGCAGCUCUGUGGCCCCUGGUCCCCGCGCAUCAAUUCCACGCGCUGUCUCUGCCGUCACCGGGGGACUGGGCACAGACAGGUUCGCCCCCUGCUAUGUGCCCCCCGCUUCCCAGCGUUCUGUCUUCGCCACGCGGACCCCCGCCAGGACGGCAGAUUAAAGGUGGGGCCUUUGCCGGAGCUGCUCCUGUCAUGUGCUGGGUCCCUGGAAGCAUUUGUGGGGGGCAGAGAGCAGAACCCCGAGAACCCAACUUUGCCCACCAUGUGGGAGCUGCAGCCUGUCCCGCCCACUUGGGGUGGGGCGGGGGCGGAGCCACAAAGGCCGCCCCCACAGGGCAGCCAUUUUCGCAAAACGGGGGCAAUGGUGUAUGUACAUCUAAACAUUUCUUAAAAACUGGACAGCCUACCUUCUCUGUGUGCCUGUUCCUUCCCUGCGCACAACCCCGGGGCGGUGACCAGGGAGCCUGACUUUCCAGGGCUCCUCACAGCCGGG